AUGGGAGACAGGGUGUUCCCCCCCACCUCACCGCCCCCCUCACCUGGGGACGCCCUGCAAGGAGAGCGCACCCCCCCGCAGCGCGACCGACCCAUCUCUCCAGCCAUCGUCCCCUCCGGACAGCCUGUCUCACCCGUCCCUCCAGCCAUCACCCCCUCCGAAAAGACCGUCUCGCCCGUCCCUGCAACCGUGACCCCCUCCAGGCAGCCCAUCUGCCCCCCAGCCGUGACACCCCCCUCCAAGAGCAGCACCCCACAGCGUGACCGACCUGUCCCUCCAGCCGCAACGCCGUCAGGACAGCCCGUCUCCCCCAUCCCUGCAGCUGCGGCCCCCUCGGCCGAGAGCAUCUCCCCCUGGUGUGACCAGUCCCCCCCCGGACCCCCCCAGCCCCCUCUGACGGAGCACCCCAAAGAAGAGGCAUCGCCCCACGCCGCUGGCCAGCCAGUCCCCAUCCAUGCUGCUGCCGCCCCUUGCCCGGCAGAGACGCUGCCCCGCGGGAGCGAACCCCCGGCCCCAGCUGCUGGUGAAGGGGCCCCCUCCGAUGCCAAGAGCCCCCCGGGUGGCACAGCCGGACCCUCGAAGGAUGUGCUGCCCCGCAGUGACCGCCCCACGCCAGCUGCAGCCUCGCCGGCUCCUGCUGCCAGCCCCAGGCCCAAGCAAGAUGCCCAAAAAGCCCAGGCGAGGCACAAGCAGGCGAAGGAGCGGCGCGAGGAGCGAGCCAAGUACCUGGCCGCCAAGCGGGUGCUGUGGCUGGAGAAGGAGGAGAAGGCCAGGCUGCUGCGGGAGAAGCAGCUGGAGGAACGCCGCAAGCGCCUGGAGGAGCAGCGGCUGAAGGCGGAGAAGCGCCGCGCCAUCCUGGAGGAGCGGCAGAGGCAGAAGCUCGAGAAGAACAAGGAGCGCUACGAGGCAGCGAUCCAGCGGUCGGCCAAGAAGACGUGGGCAGAGAUCCGGCAGCAGCGGUGGUCCUGGGCUGGGGCCCUGCACCACGGCUCCCCUGCGCACAAGGAUGGUGCGAGCCGGUGCUCGGUGUCCGCUGUAAACCUCCCCAAACACGUCGACUCUAUAAUCAACAAGCGGCUCUCCAAAUCCUCUGCCACCCUCUGGAACUCUCCCAGUAGAAACCGCAGCUUGCAGCUGAGCCCAUGGGAGAGCAGCAUCGUGGACCGGCUGAUGACGCCCACCCUGUCCUUCCUUGCGCGCAGCCGGAGCGCCGUGACGCUGGCCGGGAACGGCAAAGAGCAGGCUGUGCCCGUGUGCCCCCGCUCGGCCUCUGCCAGCCCCCUCAGCCCCUGCCACAACCACCGCCUGCAGCACCGCUGCUGGGAGAGGCGGAAGGGGACCACCAGCAGCCCCGACGUGACGCCGCGCCGCAGGACCGAGUCUUCGCCUCAGAAGAAGAAGGAGAAGAAGGAGAAGGAUCGGGAGAACGCCAAGGAGCGCAGCGCCCUGUCCCGCGAGCGCAGCCUCAAGAAGCGGCAGUCGCUGCCAGCGGCACAGCCCCGGCUCCUGCCCGCAGCGGACAGCAGCCCCGGCCCCAAGAACCGUCCCUCAUCCCCUGCCACCCCCAAAGCCCGUCCUGCAUCCCCCAGCCCGGCCCUUGGCUCUCCCCACAAGCCGCCCCUGCCCCGCAGCACCCACUCCUCUCCCAAGGUGCGGGCCAGGGCCCGGGAGGAGCGGGGGGAGCAGGAGGGCCAGGCGAAGGCACGCGAGAGGAAGGAGGAGGAGCGGAGCCCGGCCCCCCCAGCCCUCCCUGAGACCCCCAAGGUGCCCGCAGAGCCAACAGCAGGCAGACCCCCAGCUGGCACCACGGACCGGGAGGAGGCUGCCCGGCUGCUGGCAGAGAAGCGGCGCCAGGCGCGUGAGCAGCGGGAGCGUGAGGAGCGUGAGCGCCGGGAGCAGGAGGAGCGGGAGAGGCGGCUGCAGGAGGAGCAGGUGCAGCAGGCAGCGGAGGAGCAGACCCGCAGAGAGGCCCUGGCACGCCAGCAGGAGGAGGAACGGCGGCUGCAGGAGGAACGAGAGGCCCAGGAGAGAGCACGGGCCGAGCGGGAGGAGAUGGAGCGGCUGCAGAGACAGAGGGAAGAGGCCGAGGCGAGGGCGCGUGAAGAGGCUGAGCGGCAGCGCCUGGAGCGGGAGAAGCACUUCCAGCGCGAGGAGCAGGAGCGGCUGGAGAGGAAGAAGCGCCUGGAAGAGAUCAUGAAAAGGACGCGCAAGUCGGAUGCAGCGGAUGCCAAGAAGGAGGACAAGAAGGUGGUGAACGGGAAAGUGGCCGAGCAGGAGGAUGUCCUAGGCCGCGAGAAGCAUGCAGGGCCGAUGCCGAAGGAGGAGGAACUCCCUGAGAUGAAGACGCCGAGCACGGGGACUCCGGGGGGUCUGAAGGGCCUGGCGGGUGAGGAGCUGCAGCCAAGCUCCCCAGCCAAGGAGGUGGCAUCCCCAGCAUCCCUGGUGAACGGCGUGCAGCCCGGCAAGCAUGAGAACGGCUUCUCAGGCACUGAGGGGUCGCAGGAGCUGCUGGAGCUCUCCCACCACGGCAGCAGCCCUGGCAGCAUCAUCCCCUUCGGCGACAAGGAGCCCUUCCUCAAGCAGGCCGUGGUCAAGCCCCCCCAGGUGACAGAGGUGCUGUGA